AUGUCUUCCGUCUCACGCGUCGCCGCCGCUCGCGCCGUGUCGGCUCUGAUCGCGUCCACGACGACGCGCGCGUGUGCGGCUAAACCGUCUCCGUAUCACCGCGCGCACACGCGCUCGGUCGUCGUCUCCGUCAACGCACGGCGACGCGGCGAUGGGAUUAAAACCAGAGCUGGAAACGAACUCGGUCGUGAGCGAGCGGCGGACUUGGCGAGCGGGAGCGAUUUCGGCCGAGGGGAUGAAUCCGAUGAUCCGUUAGUACACAUGGGACGAGUGAACAAAUCGGCGUUGAAGCGCAUAGCGCAGGAUCAGAGAGCGCUCGCGGUGGCGCUGUUGGGAUUACCAAAGUCCCAAGUGACACAAAUGCGACGGUUCUUACCGGAGGAUGUCGUGGAGCUCACUUUACAGGGAGCACAGAUCACUAGGAAGAAGAGGGUGGCGUUCAAGAGACACGAGGGGGCGCUCGCGAGGCGUCUGCGCGCGUUAAACGACGGUGAACGAGACGCCUUGGCGGCGGCGAUUCAGCAGAUUCAGACUGGUACGAGCGGGGCGAUCAACCCUAAUGUCGAGAAUACGGCAACAUCUUGGAGGAACAUGCUUCUCAAGGGGAGUGAGGACGACGCGUUGGCAGCGAGGGAUGAAAUUUUUGCCGCGCUCGAUUCCAGAGACGUGUGGUCCUUCACCAGGCAGGAGCUCAUGCGCGCAGUCUCGGACGCGACCACGGAGAACGCGAUCCGCGAGGAACAGAUCGCUCUAUUCAAAUCCGCAGUGGACGAGGAGAUGAAGCUUUUAUCAAUCGGAAUAGAGGACGAGGAGUCGCUCAAUCAAACGCGCGCGUACGCCGCGAACGCGCUCAAAAACCGAAAAGGGUCAGGUUUCGACAAGGAGCCCAGCGUGACCAAGUCCCGAGCGCUUCUCAAGCUCUUGCGAAUCGUCGCCGAGGCCGCGGUGUAG